GCUGUCUUCCCCUGUCCCUGUAAGGAUGCACCACUGCAGAUAACCUUGUUGUUCUCUGCAAUAGAAUACUAAGAAAGAUUGAAACUUUAUUGUAUUUUUUUGCAGUUAGAAGAUAAAGAGAAAUGGCAGCUAGAAUCAACUACUCUGUACAAAACACACUCUGUCUCCUAAACCCUUUAAACUAUUCCAUCAAUGCAAAAACAACCCAUUUCAAGACCGGUAUUAAUUUCUCUAAAAAUCUCAUCUUUCCUCGUAAAUUAAGGAGACCCACGUUUUGCACUUGUGCAAUAAGCAAUAAUGAUUUGCAAAGUAGUGAAGCAGCUGAGACUUUUGUCCUUACAACUCCACUUUAUUACGUUAAUGCACCUCCUCAUAUGGGGAGUGCUUACACCACUAUUGCUGCUGAUGCCAUUGCUCGAUUUCAGAGGCUUUUAGGAAAGAAAGUUAUAUUUGUAACUGGGACGGAUGAACACGGGGAGAAGAUAGCUGCUUCUGCUGCUGCUGCUGGUUCCACACCGAGUGAGCAUUGUGAUGUCAUAUCUCAAGCUUACAAGACACUUUGGAAAGAUUUAGAGAUUACUUAUGAUAAGUUCAUUCGGACAACUGAUCCUAAGCAUGAAGGAAUAGUAAAGGAAUUUUAUUCGAGGGUUCUUGCCAAGGGUGACAUUUACCGAGCUGAUUAUGAGGGAUUGUACUGUGUCAACUGUGAGGAGUAUAAGGAUGAGAAGGAGCUACUUGAUAACAACUGUUGUCCUACACACCUCAAGCCAUGCAUUGAGCGGAAGGAGGAUAAUUACUUCUUUGCCCUAUCGAAGUACCAAAAACAAUUAGAAGAAAAUUUGACACAGAAUCCGAAAUUUGUGCAGCCACCAUUUCGUUUGAAUGAGGUACAAAGUUGGAUCAAAAGUGGUUUGAAAGAUUUUUCAAUUUCUCGUGCAUCAGUGGAUUGGGGCAUUCCUGUUCCUAAUGACAAUAAGCAGACUAUUUAUGUUUGGUUUGAUGCUUUACUUGGCUAUAUAUCAGCUCUAUCAUCGGAAAAUGAGCAACCAGAUUUACAAACUGCUGUUUCUUCUGGCUGGCCGGCUUCACUACAUUUGAUUGGCAAGGACAUUUUACGUUUUCAUGCAGUUUAUUGGCCAGCUAUGCUAAUGUCUGCUGGAGUAGACCUUCCUAAGAAGGUCUUUGGGCAUGGAUUUUUGACAAAGGAUGGUAUGAAGAUGGGGAAGUCACUGGGGAAUACGCUUGAACCAAAUGAGCUGGUUCAUAACUUUGGGUCAGAUGCGGUUAGGUAUUUCUUUCUUAGAGAGGUGGAAUUUGGUAGUGAUGGGGACUAUUCAGAAGAACGUUUCAUCAAUAUUGUCAAUGCACAUCUCGCAAAUACCAUAGGAAACCUUCUUAAUCGCACACUUGGACUUCUUAAAAAGAACUGCCAAUCAACUUUGGUGGUUGAUUCAGCUGUUGCGGCUGAAGGAACUGCAUUGAAGGACACCAUUGAGAAAUUGGUUGAAAAGGCUCGAAUUCAUUAUGAAAAUCUCUCACUAUCGUCAGCUUGCGAGGCUGUACUAGAGAUUGGUAAUGCCGGGAAUGCCUACAUGGAUGAGAAUGCACCUUGGACCCGUUUCAAGCAAGGGGGUGCUGCUUCUGAAGCUGCUGCAAAGGAUCUUGUAAUUAUAUUGGAAGCAAUGAGGAUCGUAGCAAUUGCUUUAUCCCCUGUUGCCCCAAGUUUCUGUUGGAGAAUAUAUGAACAGCUUGGCUACUCGAAGGACCAUUUUAACACAGUCACCUGGAGCGGGACAAAGUGGGGUGGCCUGAAGGGUGGUCAGGUCAUGGCUCAACCUAAACCAGUUUUUGCAAGGAUUGAGAAUAAAACAGAACUGGAAGACGAAGCAGCAACUAAGAAGCCUAUGAAAAGCAAGCAGAAAAAACCUCAGGCUCAAGUAGCUGCAGAAGCUUAGAAAUUAGUUGAUGGCUUCAAAGUUUAAUUUAUACAUUUAUAGGUGAUUGGGAAACCAAAUUAACAAUAUUCUCUACAUAUAGUAAGAGAUUUUUCAAGAUCA